AUGGGAAUCCAUGUUCUUAGCUGCAAGGUUCUAUCCGGCAAAAAUACCGGUGAUGUUGUUUUCAUUCCUCGGAUGACGUUGGUCCCGUCGAACUCUACUCUGCCAAUUAACUUCCAGAGGCGACAAUUUCCACUGAUGGUUUCCUUUGCAAUGACCAUCAACAAGAGUCAGGGUCAAACACUUUCCCACGUCGGUUUGUAUCUACCCAAACCUGUAUUCAGCCACGAUCAGUUGUACGUUGCACUCUCGAGAGUCAAGAGUAGAUCUGGCAUAAAGAUCCUAAUCAAGUCCGAAUCCGGUGGAUUGUCGAGUUCAACUAGCAACGUUGUUUACAAAGAAGAAUGUUUGCACGUGAUUUUGUAUUUCUAG